AUGAGCACUUAUGACAAACUUGAACUGGAUGUUCAUAACCGAGGAGCAGAAACGACGAUUCAUUACGACUUUGUCUUGUCAAUGACAAGUGGCCUGACGUUUAAUGCCCAGCAACAAGGUCGUAAAGGUGAAAAAUGUGUACUUGGAUUGGGUCAUCUUCUUGGAUCGAAAAUACAAAAUUACUUCUGGACUGCGAUUGUCAUCUCCUUGGAUAGAACAGGAAACAGUAACCAACAAUAA